GCUCCGGCAUAGGUACUUACACGUAGGUAUGUAGUUAGUGAUACCCAGGGUCCCUUGCGACAGAUAUCCAUACCUAUAUGUACAAUCACGUAUUCAACAAUUCUAUCGCAACCAUAGUGAAGCUUGAGUAAAUCAUCAGCUGGAGGAUUCGCUGGAGAAUCAGGAGCUUCCUUCAAUUCACGAUUCUAGCACGUACCUCGACUACCUACCGACCUCGACCUCUCUACAGCUCGACUACUGGUGGUCAUUAGCUACUGCCUGGCGCAUAUCCUCGUCUCGAACCCUCAAGGCCCAGCGAACGAGCCGCGCCUUGUUCAUCGGUCGAGUCGACUUGGCCAACUGGCUCCACGCCUCGAGGCAUCUUAUAGCUCGUGAUUUCACACAGCUAUGCUUCCGAGGUAGCCAUCCGCGAGCCCUUUCGAUAAGCCACUCGGCUUCUCUCGCCUGAUUCACCCUGUUGCGACUGCCAGGCCGCCCGAAAGCCAUGUUUUCCAACGCCGCAGCUCGCAAGUCAGUCGACAGUCUAUCGCCUUGGUCCCCGACUUCCACGUCCGAGUUUCCCUUUCAUCGCCAAUCUGCGACAUCUCACCCUAAAAUCCGCCGAGGCUCAACCGCGAGUUCCAUACAUUCUAUAGGUGGCCAGCUCGACACCUCCCCUAAUACCUGGUCUCACGCCGUCCUGGAAACUGGACAAAAUGCUAUAUCGACGUUGCUUCAACCACCCAUCGUUCGAACAGGCUUGCAACCCCAUACUGUCGCUCCCGCAUCCAGUACUCACAAACCACCUACUGCGAGAGACAUACCCCCCGUUACCUUAACCAAUGUCCCCCAUGUCGACGCCUCCGAGUUCGCACCUUACCUCGCACAGGUCGGCGCACUUUACGACCAACUGCGGCGCAUGCAAGAGAGCGACGAUGAUGUGAACGAUCAAGUGCUGCGCCGGGGCAGGUCUGAUGAUUUGAGUAAGUCCAAAGACGAUGGUCAUCUACGGCCUGGCAGUAGAGCCUCGUCUACUAGAUCUGUUUCUCCUAUUGACCCCCAGCCGUCGAGGACUCCCAUACGUAGGCGCUCGAGCUCAGGAUACAGCCGAAAACAAACCCAGGGGCCACCUCCUUUAUCUACGAUUCCAAACGUCUACUUUGACGAAGAUUUUCAUCUUGAGAACCCACGAAUAUUUGAUAUUGUCAGCGAGAGGUCCGAGAUUGUACAGCCAACCCCCGGUUCAACUGUAGAAAAGAAAUUGACAAAUGGCAACGCUCAAGCACCUCGUAAGGCUCUAGCAACAAAUGCUAUAUUGCAAGAGAAGCUCUCUUGGUAUAUGGAUACCGUAGAGAUGCACCUCAUAUCUUCGAUUUCCACUGCGUCAACUACAUUCUUCACAGCUUUAGGUUCCUUGAAAGAGCUUCACUCUGAAGCUGCGGACUCUGUCGAGCAGAUCAAGACGUUAAGGAAAGAGUUGGAAGCUCUUGACCUUGAAAUUGCCACCAGCGGGUUAGACAUUGUACAGAAACAACGUCGUCGCGAGAACUUACAACAACUGAAUGAUGCUGUGAAGCAGCUAAAAGACAUUGUGGACUCUGUGGCAGCGUGCGAGAACUUGGUGGAGGAUGGUGAUCUCCAAAACGCAUUAGACAACAUUGAUGGCCUUGAGAAUCUCAUUGCGGGAAGGGGUACUACUACUCCGACUGAUGGAAGCAACCGAGGUCCUCAGCUGCGCAAUCUUAGAGACGCCGUAGCACUUCAAGGUGUCAAUGACAGCAUUUCUACCUUGCGUUUCCGCAUCGGCAAGGCAUUUGAAGCACGGCUUAUCGAACUUCUCUUAGGAGAUUUGAGACGGCACAUAGAUGACCUUGCAACACGAGAAGUACUAUCGCGCUGGAGCAGUGCGGCAAUGCGAUCCCGUGGCGCCCAUACUAGAGAUUCUUCGGCUUUCCCGGCUUAUUUGGCCAAGACCGAGAAUUUACGCUCUCAGCUGAUGCCUGUAUUAGUUGGGUUGCAUCGGUCAAAGCAUAUUGCCAUCGCCAUUGCAUCGUAUCGAGAGGUUGUCAUGCGAGAAAUCCGAAGUCUUGUUAAGCGACCACUGCCAACUUCUCAUGAUGACGAUAACGAGUCCAUGGUGUCUGCAUCUACAAUGAGCUCUAAGCGUCUUACUCAGCAGGAGAAGUCGAGCAUUCUUGCACGUAAUCUACGAGCCUUGGAUGAACAAGAUGCGGAAGAACUGUUUAUAAAGAUGUAUGUUAGCGUCACGGAAACACUACGGCGACUUACUACACAGGUUAAAGUGCUGUUUGAUGUUGCAAGUUCUAUCGGAGAAUCACCAGUUUCGAACAGCGAUCGGUCACCAUCUCAGUUGAAAUCGCCACCUCUGAAUAGCGCAAAUCGCGAUAUCCAAGAGGAUAUUCACAUGACAAUGGACAUGGCAAACCUUUUGGGUCAAGCCGUUGAUACUUCCCAAGAGAAGAUUGUCAAAGUACUGCGUGUGCGAUCAGAGCAGAGCGCCCGGUUACCACUGGUCUGGUUCUUGAGAUAUUUUACACUCAACCUUUAUUUCGCAAACGAAUGUGAAUCCAUAUCAGGCAGGAGUGGGACGUCUUUGAAGACCGUUGUUAACGCUCACAUCAAAGACUUUAUUCAGUCUCAUGGGGACGCAGAGAAGCAGAAGCUCGCUCAAGCCAUGGAAUCCGAUCAAUGGAAACCGAAGGACUUUACAGAGAAAGACAAUGUCUUGCUUGGUCAGAUCCUUGAGUGCAGCACCAAAGACAGCCAACCAUGGACGGAAGGAAGUCAAAUAUGGAUUCCGUUUUCUGACAUACAAACUAGUGAAGAUAUGACAUCCAACGGUCGCCCUCGGGCCGAGUCUAAUGGGGCGCCAAAAGAGAAAACUAGAAGCGCUAUCAUAGAUUCGGAGCCUUUCUUGUUGCCGAACUCAGCCAUUCUGUGCAUGGAAGGCAUGACUCAUUUCCUACAUCUUAUUACGGGCAUCCCUUCGAUGGCAUCCGAUAUUUCUGCCUCUCUUGUUGCUUAUCUGCAGCUUUUCAAUUCUCGAUGUACCCAGCUCAUUCUCGGAGCUGGCGCAACAAAAUCUGCUGGUCUCAAGAACAUCACAACAAGGCAUCUCGCUCUUGCUUCUCAAGCACUAGCAUUCAUAGCCACGCUGAUACCACAUGUUCGAGAGUUUGUGCGACGGCACGCCGGAUCUGGUCCCAAUGUUAACAAUGCUAAUGUAGCUAACCUCAUGGGCGAAUUCGAUAAAGUUAAGCGGCUGUUCCAGGAGCACCAAAACAAUAUAUAUGACAAACUAGUUGAAAUCAUGAGUGGCCGGGCUGCCCUACAUGCUAAAGCCAUGAAGGGAAUCCAGUGGGAGCAAGAAAGUGAGCAGAAAGUUAACGCGUAUAUGGAAACACUUGCAAACGACACGGUGACUUUGCAUCGGGUCCUUGCCAAGCACCUGCCAGAAGGUACCGCCCGAUUGAUUAUGAACCCCGUGUUUGACAGCUACAAGAGCCAAAUUGGAAAUACCUUACAAGCUAUCGAGGCGAAGAAUGAGGUUGCCAUCAAACGUAUGGAGUCAGAUGUCCUUCAUCUAAUCGCGCGUCUUGAUCAGGUUGAUGGCUUUGGGGACACUGGAGACCACCUGCUCAACAUCGUAAAGUCUAAGCAGUCGAAUUUAGCCGCUACUAAACCCGAAGCGAAGGAUAGUGAUGACAAAAAAGACCCUACAGCUGAUGAGGAUGCUCAACAGGCUUCUUCAAACAACAGCAACAACAGCUCCUCGAAUUAAGCGUUUGCAUCUAUUUUUUAUUUGUGCAUGGUUCGGUAGCAAGGCAGGCGUUUCAGAAAUAAUUGUCCGGUUUUACAGCCAGCUAGAAGAAAGCUGUGUCGCACACCAAUUGUUACGAUAACAAGACUUUGUAUAGCAACCGGCCUGUCUCGCCGCGUGUGCGGAACUUUAGUGAGACAUGUCAAAUAAGAAAACUUGUUGCACAAGAAAUAGCAUA